UAACGCGUCAAUUUGGCGCGAGUAAGGUUGUGUGAGAGGUAGUGGUUUAGAUGUUAUAAAAAGCCCGCGAAGUGCGUACACAUUUUCCGAAAUAUUUAUUUUCAAUCCGUGCGUUUUUAUUUUUAUUUUUUAACUGAUUAUGGUAUAAAAAUAUCUUAAAUAGUAAUUAAAUAGUCAAGUGUUGUGAGAUAAUUUUUUUUCAUUCUAUCAGGAUCUUCUCGAAAAAUAUAGAUGAUGGAAAGAUAAGACGUGGCGUGACGUCAUGCAAUCAUGGCAGUCCGAAGAAGAAUAAAAGCAGAAGAAGACAGCAGAUGGAAGUCGAAAUUACUCUUUGCGGCUAUCACGCUUGUCAAUGCUCAUGCCCAAGAUAUAUCGGCGUGCUGCGAUAAAGCCGUGGGGACAUGUCGGAGCGUUUGCGAGAAGAUGUCUCUCGUGGAGAUAGCGUCGGAUUCUGCAAUGCGGGAAGAGAGAAUACAAAACAUUUAUAAGUUUUGUACGCCUCCGCACUUGAUAGAGUUUUGGGCGUGCAUGAAUCAGACAAUUCAAGAAGUGGUAUCAGGAUCAAGUUGGUGGGGGCGGGCGUGCUGCACAUUAGGACACUCGCCACGCUGUCGACACGCGUGCGCAACUGCGGCCGAUGCGACGGCUUUGACGGAACCUUGUCGUCGCUCCGACGAAAUCGCUUUCUUCGACUGCGUGCAACGGCAACAGGAAGCGCAGUGGUGUUGUUCGCAAACCCAGUCAUUAAGUUGUCACGAAGCCUGUCAACGUGCAGUAUGGCGAGUCGGUCAAACACGAGCCGACAGUGGUGCCAGGGAGAGGGCGAUAGAAAUGUGUGAGCAGUCGCCUCCUCUACUCCACUGUAUGAAGGAACUUACAGGCUCCACUGUGCAUACUGAUACUUCUAAGUAUUUGCCUUGUUGCCACGAAUCCCCCAGUCAAGAAUGUAGGAGCACCUGCGAAUUAGUGCUCCGUAGAACAGGAGAAUCUCAAGAGAUAGCGGAGGCUCUAUCGCAGGAGUGUGGGGCGCCCGCCAUACACGACGGCAUGUGGCAAUGCUUCCUUAGAAAGGACGCGCCGCCUGAAACCAAAGAUGUUAUUCCUCAUGAUCUCGCUAAGCUUCAUUGCUGUCAAAAGGGUGCAACCAUUAAUUGUAGAAGAUUAUGUUUCAAUACGUUCAAUAAUGGCUGGCAGUUAAACUGGCAGAAGUUUUAUACGGAGUGUCUUGGAGAUCCUCAGGAAACGGAAAUGGCAGAAUGUAUAGAAGAAGUGGAAGCACCCUGUUCACUUGGAUGUGGAGGCCUAACAUACUGUAGCCAGUUAAACAACAGACCGACAAGUCUGUUCCGAUCCUGUUCAUCACAAGCAGACCUUGACGCACAUCUGGCUGUUGCAGAACAGAAGGGUAGUGGGCAUGUGACGGUUGCAGGAGUCCAAUUACCAUUGAAAAAUUCUUCUCAAUGUUCUGCCGACGUUUGGAAAAGUGUAGCAUGCGCUUUACAUGUUAAACCUUGUACUGCCAAAGGCCACAGCAGCCUGCUGUGCGCGGAGGACUGCCGGCGGCUGGUGUCGUCGUGCGUGGAGUGGUCGCGCGCGCCGCUGUCGGCCGCGGCGCUGUGCGCGCGCCUGGCGCCGCGGGACCCCGCCGCGCCCUGCGUCUCCCUGCAGGACUAUAUGACGCCCAGCACUGAGCCACCACUAUUGUCCGCGUUAGAACAGGUGACGUCACCAUGCGCCGGUUCGCCGUGCAACUCCACUCAAGUGUGUGUUAUCAACAGGAACUGUCUUCAAGGAGGCGCGUGCUCCAGAUACACUUGCGUCGAUGGCUGUCCGUUAGGUGAUGGAAGUACAUAUGUGGUACCGAUGGGAUCCUGGGUUCGUGUUCCUAUGCCUUGCGCUUCGCAAAAGGUCUGCAUUAAAAUAUGUCGCUGCGGCAAUCGAGUGCUAUCACAAUGUCAGCCAUUACCGAACGUAGCCUUGGAUAAUUGCCGUCUUCAUGACAAAGUUGUCAAACAUGGCGAGAAGUACUAUAUGGAGUGCAACGCGUGCGUGUGCGUGGCGGGCGAACGCGUGUGCGCGCGGCGUGCGUGCGGGCGCGCAGCGCUGCUCACCGGCCUGCCGUGCAACUGCCCGCCGCACCACCUGCCCGCGCACUCGCCCGGCCGCCUCUACCCCAACGCCUGCCUCGCCAAAUGCGCGGGCGCGACUGACGCCGAGAUCGAGUUUGGGUCGCGCGGCGCAUGCGCAGUGGGCGCGGGUCUGGCGGCGUGCGCGCGGCGCCACGCGUGCCUGCCGGCGCGCUCCGUGUGCCUGUCGCGUCUGCAGGCCGCCUGCCCACAGCACAAGUGCGUGAACACCACAAGCUGUAACACUCAGCCUACAAACCCUGUUUGUGAUACCGACGGACAUACACAUUCUAAUCCUUGUCACCUCGUCAUGAGCGGAAGAAAACUGGCUUAUUGGGGACAAUGUUUAAGAGGCUGUUCUUCUACUGCCACAGUUUGUGGAGUAAACGGUGUGACUUACUCUUCUGAAUGUGCCGCAUGGGCCGAAUACGUCAGUGUUGAUUACAUUGGACCUUGCUAUGCGGUUGGACCUAUAUCUGACCUCAUGGAACCUAAGUGUCAAUUCGAUAGGAUCAUCUGUCCUCCGUUAAAGAAACCAGACUGUCUUGGUUUUACUGCACCAGGAGCUUGCUGUCCAAAAUGUGGAGGAGCAUUGAGAAUACUUUAUUCAAAGAAGCAAAUAGAUAGAGCUCUCUACGGUACAAACAUAUCUGCAACUGUGAUUAACUUACACAAUGUACUGUCAGCGCUCGAUAGACACAUCAAAGUAGCGGAGUGUGCUUUAAGAGGAUAUUUGACGAUUGAAAUGGAAAUAUUUGUCACCGUUGAAACAAUCCUAAAGAACCCGACUGAUCUACAGUUGCACGUGUGCGUUUUGGAAGCUGAAAAGUUGGCUGAUCUCAUCAAUCGAGAAAGUGCUUUAAUAACUAGUGAUUUAGGAUUAAGUGCGUUAUCAUACGCUUUGACAGUUCACACUACCCCGACACAAGGUGCAUCAAGUAUUAGUCUAUCUACUGCUGUCAUUUUUACGUAUAUUAGCGUUUUCUUUGUAAGAUAAAACGUUAUUAUUGUAUAUAAAGUUAUUUUGUUAAUAGUAUUUGUAAAUAAUGAACGUUAAACACCAAAUAUAUUAGUGUUAUCUAA